GAACUCUAGUAUGACGUCCACUAGCAUGAAAUAGAUAAAAAUUAUUCACAAAAUCAAUUCAAUUCUAGAACGGAAUUCAAAUUUUUUAAAUCUUAAUCGCCAAUUGGUCGCCAACAAGAUAAAAGAUCGGAAUAUCGAGCUUUCGGGCAGUUUUGUGUUGAUUGAACGCGGCAAUAAAGAUGCUGAUUCAAGUCUGUUUGCUCCUUUUAAGCAUCGGUGUCUAUGCCUCGUAUGCAGAUGAUCCAGAGUCCACAACUAAAGACGAACUCUUCGACGAACUGGACUUUGUCUUCCCGACAAAUUUCCUUUCAAGGUAUCCAGAAGAGGGCGAAUUCUUCAGACUUAAGAUUAUCGUGUACCUCUUUUUCAACAUUUUUGCCAAGUACUUGGGAGAAAACGAGCCCAUUAAAUUCUGGUCGAAAUUCAACCAGAACGAUUUCAACAGAGUAGCUAUUGAUGCUGCAUUUUACGAGUACCUCACCGAAUUCACUGACAGAAAAACGAAGCGCCUGUUUUAUCAUCAUCUCGAAAGCUCUGCUAGGAGCCAAGAGGAUAUUGCAAUCGAUCGUAUUGGUAAUUACCUUGACAAUCUAUCUGCAGAAACAACUGCUGAUCCGACCGAGACUCAAUCGCAAACAACUAAAACGGAAGAUUAUAAACACCAUGAAGCUGAGUCCACUGAGGCAUCUUCACAAAUUCCUCCUUUCGGAAUUCCAGGGAAAGAUUUUCCGAGCUAUUGCGAUAUCCCCCAAACUUCUUUCACUUGUGAAAACAAACUUAUUCCCGGAAUCUAUGCCGAUGAAGAAACGAAAUGCCAGGUAUUCCAUGCCUGCUGGCCCAAUCGUAUGGAUAGCUUUUUGUGCCCAAUUGGUACCACUUUCAACCAGGCCCUUUCGACAUGCGAUCUCGGGCAUGAAUCCGAUUGCACAUCUUCGACACUCCCUUCUAACAGUUUUUCAUUUUUCAAAAGCAAGACUACCAAAAAUACAGAGCCCACUGUGACUGCGGAGACUCAAACUACAUCAAAAUACCCUUCUGCCUUUUCACCCGAGCCGGAGAGUCCAGAAUAUGACGGGACGUGCCAGAGCCUUAUUAGUAAAUCGCUCAAACAUCGCAUGAAGGUUUUACCCGUAAAAUGCAAAGUCACAAAUUUGAAACCAAAGUUAUCAGACAAAUUGAAGAAAUACGAUGGCAAACGCUACAUCCGACUGAUGGCUGACACUCUGUCCAAGACUUUUCGAGAUAUGUUUGCAUUUAUAGUAAAGGCAACUGAACUUGGUAGCAGUAAAAUCGCAAGUUUGUAUUCAACUGUAAAACAACCAAAAUUAAAAACGGAUAAGCAGACUCCAAAAUCGCAUUCCAAGAUUCUAAAAGCAGCAACUGAAUUCACAUCAACGCACGAAGAGGUUGAUCCAACAAUUGAAGUAAAUCAUUCCUCCACAGAGUUGCCGUCCGAUGAAUUAAGAUUACAGUUGAAUCCUAGAUUUAAAAGAGAAGCGGAAAGGCAUGUCCACUCAGUGAGGAAAAGCACGCUUCUAAAGCCAAGCAAACCGUCGGAAGAGUCUAAAAAGCACGUAUUUGACAUUAUGAUGGCUUCAAUGGAACUGGGUGGUAGUAUAUUAAAUGAUAAUGUUCUUCCCUUUAUGGAUAAAAUUGUACUCGAUAGUCGUCGAAAAAUGACCAAGUCGAAGAAAGUGUGAGCAAUUAUUGUUGAUGUUAAUAAAGAUUUUUGUUCACGUUG